GCACAGCACGCGCGACACAUCCGCGGAGCGUUUGCUCAUGCGAGUCGCACGAUUUUGUCCCCUUUUGUAUGAACAGCUCCCGACGAAGCGAGGAGUGACAUUUUUUUCGCAGAUAGCGGAAGGUCGAGCUAGAGAUAGUCAAACAGAUCCAAACUCUUUGUUGAAAGAGAAGGGUGGCUGCCUUGCUUCAACUCAACACCAGUCACAAUUCUCAUCACUCAGAUCCAAACUCUUUGCUGAAAGAGAAGGGUUAUUCACUUUGAUGAUAUCUCUCAAUGCUUCUUUGUUUCUAGUUCUAUUUUGAACGGCUUUUGUAGGGUAAAUCUCAUUCAUACGGGAAAGUGCAAGUUCAUUCCUUUAGUAGUAAGGAAAUGCAUUGGAAUGUUUAACAAAAUUACCUAUCCUGAUGUUUAGUACUUUACUAAUUAAAUGAGCAUCAAGUGAUAAUACCAGAAACAUGAGUGGUACAUCUAGAAGGUCGCAUGAGGAUGGAGGGCACUCCACUCCUAUUAAGAGGUCACAUGAAGAGAGUAGUAUAUUCUCUGGUCUUUCGGGAAAGACAAUUCAACCACUUGCUAAUGAUUUUCACUUGCCUUAUGAACCUGGGCUUGAUGGACGACCAGUAAAAGUCCAACGCAUUGAACCUCGGGACAGUGAUAAGAGGCCUUUGCAUAGAAUGUCUUCUUCUCCCAACCAUGGUGUGGAUCAUCCCACUACUUCUGAAAACAGGUCAGAACUGAGAGCUUCCAAGGAAGCGAGAGAUGUAAGGACUGUAAUCAGGGAAAUAAAGUCAGACACCAGAGAUUCUUGCAUUGAUAUAAAGAUAGAUUUACAUGUCAAUAAGGCUGACAGUGAUGCAAGAGAUACAAGGGGUGAUGAAAAAGAAUUAAGAUCAGAUAGGGGUUCUUAUAAUGAUUUUAAGGGUGUUGUUAAAUUCGAAAGAGAUAAUUAUGCACCAUCUAUGUCUCAUACAAGUUGGAAAGAGAGCAAAGAUUAUCUUUGGCCUAAGAGAUAUACAGAACCUUCUAAUGAGAGUAUGGAGUCAUGGCGAAUUGCAAGGCAUUUGCAAAACACAAUUGAAGUUGGGAAGGAUCAACUGGCAAGAGCUGAGGAUAGAAAUCCUUUGGGAUCAUAUGAGGGAGUUGCUGAGAACAAGGUUGACUUGAAAACCGAAGAUAAACUCAGGGACAAGGACAAGAAGAGGAAAGAUGAUAGACAAAAAGAUUUUGGAGAGUGGGACAAGGAUAGAAUUGACCGAAGAGGAAGCACUCAGCUUGGUGAAAUUAACAAUGAGGGCAAGGAAUUGAAGGAAGACAGAGAAUUAGAGAGAUGGGAGAGGGAGCGAAAGGAUGUUCCAAAGGACAAGGAGCACAAUGAUUUGGAGAAAGAUCAUGUAAAGAGAGAAUCUCCAAAUUCUAAUGAAAGGGAGAAUUCACAUUAUUUGAAGGAAGGACAUGAAGCAUCCAUAAAAAUAUCUGAUCAGGUGAUUUCAACAUUUGAUCCUAGGAGGCCUAAAGAUGAUGGUUGGAAAGGUUCUGAUAGGGAUCUCAGGGAUAAAAAAAGAGAAAGGGAUGCAGAUGUUGGAGAUAGAUAUGUCCAAUCUGGUAAGUGUUAUGACAAGGACUUGGAUGAUGGUGCUGAAGGAGAUGGAGUUUUUGAGAGGGAUAGAGAUGCUUUUGGUUAUGGCAUUCAACAACGAAGGAGAAUGCUCCGAUCCAGAGGCACAACACAACCGACUCAUCGAGAGCCUCGUUUUCGAUCUAGAGCUCGGGAACAUGAUGGAUCCCAAGGUAAGCCGGAUGCGUCCACGGUUGUUUAUAAAGCUGGUGAAUGCAUGCAAGAAAUUUUAAGAACUUGGAGAGAAUUUGAGGCAUCUCAGGAUGGUAAAACUGCUGAAGCCUCCCAAAACUAUCCUACCCUUGAAAUUAGAAUACCUGUGGAAUAUGUUACUUCUACCAAUCGCCAGGUCAGAGGUGCACAACUUUGGGGAACGGAUGUAUAUACAAAUGAUUCAGAUCUUGUUGCAGUUCUCAUGCACACUGGAUACUGCUGCCCAACAUCAGCUCCUCCUCCAUUUGCAAUUCAUGAGUUAAGGACGACGAUUCGAGUGCUACCACCACAAGAAUGUUACUCCUCAACUUUAAGAAAUAAUGUCCGCUCUCGAUCUUGGGGAGCAGGAAUUGGUUGCAGCUUUCACAUUGUGCGGUGCUGUAUCAUCAAGAAAGGUGGUGGUACUAUUGAUCUUGAACCUCGCCGUACGCAUGUAUCUGCAGUGGAGCCAACAAUUGCUCCUGUUUCUGCUGAGCGUACAAUGACAACAAGGGCUGCAGCUUCGAAUGCGCUGCGUCAACAAAGAUUUGUUCGUGAAGUUACAAUUCAGUACAACCUUUGCAAUGAGCCCUGGCUAAAAUAUAGCAUCAACAUAGUUGCUGACAAGGGACUUAAGAAGCCUCUUUAUACAUCAGCACGAUUGAAGAAAGGGGAGGUUUUAUAUUUGGAAACACAUUAUAAGAGGUAUGAACUUUGCUUCAAUGGAGAGAAGUCCGUUUGUAAUGGAACGAAUUCAACUUCUAAUCAUUUGAUAGAAUCAGAGCAGGAGAAGCAACAAAGCCAUAAUGUCCAAAAUGGUGAUAAACAUCUGUUUGAGCGUGAGAAUGUUAUUGAUGUCUACCGUUGGUCUCGUUGUAAAAGACCCCUUCCCCAAGAUUUUAUGCACUCUAUUGGUAUUCCAUUACCAGUUGAGCAUCUCGAGGUUUUGGAGGAGAAUUUGGACUGGGAGGAUGUGCAGUGGUCUCAAACUGGCGUCUGGGUGGCGGGGAAGGAAUAUCUUUUAGCCCGGGUUCAUUUUCUCUCACCAAAUUAGUCAUUACAUGUGUAUUUUACUUUUUUUUCUUAUCAUUUUUCCUUGUUCCCAUGUAACAUUUGUGCAUUUCAUUACUUGUAAGAUGCAUAAAGUGCCGCAGGUUUAGGCUUCUGCCAUCAAUUAAAUUCAACUAAGGGGUCAGAUGUUAUGAAGGAUUCAAGGAUCGUUAUUUCCUCUUUUUAUUUAAUACCGAGGCACAUAUUCCUCUGAA